ACGCAAGGUUCGAUGCAAUACGCGGAAAAAAGGAAAUCCCUUUGCUCAGCUCUGCGUUCCCCAGCCGGAAGUUUCCGGCUGGGAACAUAGCUGCUUUCUUUCCGGCUGGGAACAUAGCUGCUGAAGGCAAAGAGACCGGGAGUAAGGUUCCGGCCCAUAAUGACCUGUCAGUAGGAACUCCGCGAUUUGGAGAAGGGUCGGUGGACGCCGGGAGUGAGGUUUGUCCUCCCUUCCUGGCCACCACUACCAUGAUCCCGAUUCCUCUGGUGGUGCUGGUGAUGGGGGGUUGGUGUGCUAUUUACCUGGCCGACACCUUGCUGAAGGCAUCAGAUUCUAUGAAAACUUCUUAUGAAGAAUGGCUGACAUCUUAUGGAUUGAGCAUCUCCCCUUUUCACAUACGAUGGCAAACUCCUGUCUUCAAUCGUCUCUUUUACGAUUGGGGACGUUGGAAACCCAGGCUGCUUUACCAGUGGUUCAAUUUAGGAAUGGUGUUUGGAAUAAUUGCCAUGUUUAGUUCUAUUCUCCUUCUUGGAAAAACCCUGAUACAAACUUUGUCACAAAUGUUGACUGAAGCCCCUUCAGCUCAGAAUGAUCGGAUGCUCCAAGUUGUGGUACCUGGUGUGAAUUUACCUGUGAGCCAACUGACCUAUUUCUUUACUGCAAUCCUUAUUAGUGGUGUCAUACAUGAAAUUGGCCAUGGGGUGGCAGCUAUCCGAGAACAAGUUCGGUUUAAUGGAUUUGGAAUUUUUAUCUUCAUCGUUUAUCCUGGAGCAUUUGUUGAUUUGUUCACCACCCACUUGCAACUUAUAUCUCCAGUUCAGCAGCUAAGAAUAUUUUGUGCUGGUGUCUGGCACAAUUUUGUCCUUGGAGUUUUGAGUCUUAUAGCUCUUUUUAUGCUGCCUGCAAUUCUUUUCCCACUUUACUACACUGGAGUUGGGGCCCUUAUACUCGAUAUUACUGAGGACUCACCUGCUAAUGGACCCAGAGGCCUCUUUGUAGGAGACCUAGUUACCCAGCUGCAGGAUUGUUCAGUUCAUAGAGUGGAAGAUUGGAAUUCCUGCCUAGGGGUCAUCUCCCAGGAGCCACAGAUUGGUUACUGUUUAAAUUCAGUAACUUUGCAUCAGUUAAGCUUCCCAGCCAGAGUGUACAAAAGGCUUGAUGGGACAGUUGAAUGUUGUAGCAACAAUAGCCUCACAGAUAUCUGCUUUUCCUACAACAAUAAUGUGAACACUCAUUUGUAUGCCUGUCUGCCAGCCCGGAAAACAAUUGAAACCAAUCAAGUGUGUAGAAGUAAUGCAGAUUGUCAAAAUGACUUACUUUCAAGUUUUUGUGUAAUACCGUCUUUGGAAAAUCAAACUCGAUUAAUAAGAGUGAAACACCAACCUCAAAUUGAUAUGCUGUUCGUAGGACAUCCACUGCACCUUCAAUACACAGUGAGCCUCAGCAGUUUCAUCCCACGAUUCAACUUUCUAAGCAACGAUCUACCUGUGGUUAUAGAGACAUUUUUCAAAUACCUGAUUUCACUCUCAGGAGCACUGGCUAUCAUCAAUGCUGUACCCUGCUUUGCUUUAGAUGGACAGUGGAUGUUAAACUCUUUUCUUGAAGCUACCCUUAGUUCACUGAUUAUAGACAAGCAAAACAGAGAUUUGCUAGGAUUUUUAAUUUUGCUUGCUGGCAGUAUACUUUUGGCUGCCAAUGUGACCCUGGGACUCUGGAUGGUGACAGCUCGAUAAUAUAUAUUUGGACUCAUUUCACAAAAUCUGUGAGUUGUUAUGAUGUGCAAAAAAAAAUCCAUGACAUUUGUUGCCAGUUAAACAAAACUUUUCUGGGUUUGAAAUAUAAAAACUUCCUUAAAACUCUCCCAAACAGCACCACUAAUUGAGAUCCUACUAAAUCUAGGGGCCUGUCCUCGGGAAUCUCCACAAUAUCAUUUGUUACACCACUAAACAAAAAAAUAAGAUAGACUUGAUCUCUGAUCUCAGAAGAUUUCAGCCUAGUUGUGACAACUAAACAUAUACAUUAAUUUGAACUUUAAUGUUGUCUAUUAAAAAAAAGAUUUAUUGUUAAAUAAGUGGCAUGUUGCCUCAGAGUGAGGGAAUGAAUAGAAUUGAAGAGUUUGGAAGUUUUUUGAAGGAAGUGAAUUAAAUCAGGUUUUGAAGGAAACAAGAAUUUUCUAGGCUGGUCACAACUGAAUCAAAACAUCUUUGGUCUUCAAUGUUUUUAAUUUAGUGCUGGAUUAUUUGUCAUAAGAGGAAGGAAGCUUGGGUAAUGGAGAGGUCUAGCUGCUGAGACAAGAAGACUUGGGUACAAAUCCUGAAUCUGACACAUAACUGCCACCCUAGACAAGACAGUGUCUUAGGGUCCUACUUAUACAACGUGCUAAGUCUCUAAGUUGAAGAAUUGUUAUUGAUUAACAUUAGUAGAGGGAGUUUCCUCACUAUAAAUUCCCUACACUGAUGCAAAUACAGAUCCAGACCAAAAAUGUUUUUCUUUCUGUUCUGUUUCUGUUCUGAUUAAACAUUAAUUGUUUACAUCUACGUAUAUAGCAUUCAAAAAUAACCCUGAAUUGUUCAGGAAUGUGUUUUUGUUUGUUUGUGUAUAUGUAUAUAUAAAAUUGAUGACAUAAAAAGAAAUAAAAAUCUAGAAAUUAUUUUUCAGGCCCUGUCUUUGACUCCAAAUAUAUUUGGAGAGUAAAAAUGGUAGAAGCUGGGACCUACUACAACAGGGGUUUUAUUUCUUAGCACUUUGUAACAACAGCUGAUUCUUGGAUAAGGUGUCGUCUUACUUUUAAAAAGAAGCCUUAAUGUUGCAUUUAGUUGUGAGCUUUAGGCAAGGGCCCUUACUUUGGGUAACAUUCUAUCAUAUUACCCUGAAAGUGUUUUUUAAAAUCAUAGUACAGGUAAGGUUGAUUAAUGGGCACCAUAUUCUUUCAGGACCCUUACAUGCUAUACCUGGCAAACUGGCUGCAGUCUGACUUUCCUCUAGAGCAAUGAUGGCAGACCUUUUAGAGCCUAAGUGUUGUGCCCCACCCCCAACCCCCAGACAGGGAAGGGAGGAAGCUCUCCCAUUGGGCUGUUGCAAGGAGGGGCAGGUGAUGGGGAAAAAUGUUGUCAGGCAUGAUGGAGAGGGAGAGGAGAGUAGCUCCGCCCAAGUACCUGUGCCAUAAGUUUGCCAUCACUGCCAUAGCGUAAAGGCAUUUUUGGCUCUCCUGCAGUUAGUCCUAGCCCUGGUUUUACAGUUAUACAACAGGAGCUGUCUUUUAGGGGAAGCACAUAAGUGAUAAGGUAGACGAAGAGGAAUGAGAUCCCAUUCUAGUACAAACAGAUCCGUGAGUGUGAUGUCAAAGACAAGUCAAAGGCUAGAUGGAACUGGGUCUUAUGAUUUUAUUAUGGCUCAGCUGAGUCAUUCAGGGAAAAGUGGCUUCACAGCUACUACGCCUUACCAGAGGAUUCUCUCUUCUCUCAGGAAGAGAAGAGGUGGACUAACAACUUGGGAAGAAUUCUUCAAAACUACCCCUCCCCUCAACACUAGCUGUGUGACCAUUUUUCACAAUAUGUGUAUAGAAUGAAUCUCCCUGAGUUUUUUCCUGCUGCCUAAAUUACUACAACAUUCCUGAGGACAAGGGUUCCAAUUUUUUUAAGACAACUUGCUAGUUAAGUUUCUCUUAUCUCUUGAAUCCUUUCUUUGUCCUGUUCAGCUUAUGUGAAGCCCUUGAAAACUGCAGGCUCUUCACUUAAUUUCUAAUUCUCUCCUUGAAUAUAGUUACCUUCCUUCCCAUUUUAGGUUGUCCUUCUUGUCCUUCAUUGGGUCACAUCUGCCCAAUGUCUUGUGCCAUCUUUGCUUCAUUCCCUUGGGAUUUCAUAUAGCUGUGAUGUCAAGUAACUAAGGAAGUCCUGGACUCCAGCAUUGGACCACUUAGUUGAUCUAUCCUAAGCAUAUCAAACAGUGUCUUUUGUUUAUAGUGAUUUCUGAGCUUAGAGACAUUUCCAAGAACAUGCUAAAACACUUUACAUUUACAGCUCUCUACUUUCUUGGGGGGGAUCCCAGGAUGGACUCUGGCUCAAAAAUAUACCACCCAGCUUAGAGUAUCCAGGAAAGGAAAACCAAACCUAAGGAAUCCUAGAGUGGUCUUUUUAGGAGACCAAGGAAAAAAACUUUUUUUUUUUUGGCCAAGAAACAAAUAAAGAACGCUUUUAAGGAGGUUGAUACAAUUCAAAACCAAGCAUGUUAGAGUUAUGUAAACAGAGGUCAGCCUCUUGUGUCCUUCCUAGAAUCCCAUAGGUAUAGAAGGCUUAGCUAAAGUGGGUAUUAUAGGUAAGUACAAUGUUUUACGGAGUUCUAGAAGUCUGUCUUUUAGUGAGACAACCGCAUUACUGUUAUUUCAACAGAGAAUAAUGUUGGAAAGUUUUCCAAGACCACCAAGAUGCCAUAAAAUCAAGGAAAGAGAUUAUGUCAGAAUACUCUGGAUAAACCAGAGGACUAGAAAAAUAAGGUUUCUUGGGGGGCAGCUAGGUGGCUCAGUGGAUUGAGAAUCAGGCCCAGAGAUGGGAGGUCCUGGGUUCAAAUGUGACAUCAGACACUUCCUAGCUGUGUGACACUGGGCAAGUCAUUUAGCCCCCAUUGCCUAGGCCUUACUGCUCAUCUGCUUUAGAACCAAUGCCCAGUAUUGAUUCUAGGAUAGAAGGUAAGGGUUUUUAUUUUAAAAAAUAAAAUAAAAUAAGGUUUCUUUAGGUUAAUACAAAGAUGAUUACUCCUCACAGUUGUUGAGAAUUAAAUCAUAGGAGGCAAUUAUUCAUGGUCCAACAAAAGCAUUCCUUGAUGCUACUUUGAGAAACAGAAAAUUAGAAGGACAUCAUUGCUUUAGCUGUAGUACAAAAUUAUAUUAUUGGAUAUUCCCGAGCAAAAUGUGUGAAGGAUGAUAGGGGGUAGAAAUAUCCUCAGUACAUGAAGGAUGGCCGUGAUUAAAGAGGGAUUUAUGAAGUAGGGCAACAUGCUUCCAUGUUUAAAAUUGCAAAAUGUGCCAUUGAAUAAGCAUCAUGAAAAAUCAUAUAAGUUGUAGUUCUCAUAUAACUUAUCUUCCUUUUGUAAUUUAAUCUAUUUUUUAAUUGCUUAGUAUUAUUGAAGGAAAUGGGUUCUUUUAGAGAUAAAGGGAAUAGUCUGUGUGGUGCCAGUUAAUUUAAACAAGGAUAUCCUAUUUUCAACUCUGUAGUGUUACAAUUAUGGUGCCAUAGUUGUAGUUUUCCUUUUUUCCAUAGAGAUGAAGAAUUUCUUUUCUCUAAAGGUGUCCCAGUUUGGAAAACCAUACUAAAUUUAACCUUAUUCCAAAUCAAAAUUACAGGAAUAUAUUACUCAUCAAUUUGUUGGGUUCAGACAUAGUCAUCAGAUUGCAUGUAUUAAAUAUCCACAUAUAAACAAUGCACAAGUAUUUUUUUUUAAAGCCUAUGACCAUACUGUAUUAAAUGUACGGGGAAUCCUUUUCUGUAUCCAAGCAUGGUGAUGCCUGCUGCUGGGGAAGCUUGGGAAUUCUAAACUGUAGUAAGGCCAAGGAUGAUCAAAUGUCUGCGCAGUAUUUAGUACCAAAGUGGUUAGACCUUGGGAGAAAGAGGCCACCAGGCUGCCUUAAGCAGGGUCUAACCAGCUCAGGUCAGAAACAGCAGCUCAGAGUUUCCAUACUGAUCAUUAGUGAGAUUAACCUCUCAGCAACUGCUGAAUUUCCAGCCUGGGCAAAAUAAGGAGAUCCAGUCUUUCCUUCCUUCCCCAACAAAAGAAGUUAAGCUUAACGGGAAAACAGCUUAACUGCUGUCAACUGAUGUUAAUAAAUAACAACAUGGAACCACACUUCAUGUUCAUGCCGGCUUGAUCCAAUUUCCUUCUAGUUUUAUAUAUAGAAUAAUUGUCCCGCUGAUUGAAUGUGCUCCUAAUUGCCUAUAAUCCUUUCAUAUUUUUGUCUAAAAUCAAGCUACUUCUACUGAAAACAAUCGUUCAUUUCAGAUAGUUCAGUUAUUGGUAUAAACUGGCUCCUGUUCUAAAUUCAGUUCCUUUGCAGUAACUACCUUUAUGUCUGUGUUUGCAUCUUUAACCUUCGGACUUGGCAGAGUACUUUCUUUGCACAUAAAAAUAAAACAAGUCCUUUUUAGCUUUUCCGUUUUUAGGGGUUCUGAGGAAAGAGGUUUUAGUAUUAAACUAUUAAAUUAGUCUUAUUAAAUAUGAAACUAUAUUAUACUAUUAGUUUUGCAUUUUAUCAUCAUCUUAAGCCUCUAUUUCUUAUCUUUCUUUCAAAAACUUUCCCACCCAAGAUUUAUAGCUGAUUAUGUUUCAUACAACCAGGUUAGUUGUAAGUAUCAAAACCAAUUAGGAACAGCCAUCAUUUUACUUUGUGUAAAUGGGACCACUGGCUGGGGUUUUGUGCCUGAAUUGCUUAAUCUUGUAACAACUGAUUCUGUCCUCUCUCUUUUAGUCAAACCCUUUUAUAUUCCUGAGCACUUUUCAAGUGUGAGUCUGUGUUUGUGAUAGACAGUAGAAGGAAGCGAUCUUUUCUAGUAUAUGAAAGUUAGGCCAGAAGGGAAAUCAAAAUGGAAUUUCUAGUACUUGGUGUUAUAUUUCAUCUUGCUUGGGUUAAGUAGAGAGUCUGUUUCACUACUGGACUGUUGGCCUCCUGCUGAAUUGGAUAAGCUCUUCAUUUCAAAAUAAUGGGCAAAAUUAAACGGGCUCUAUGGUUACAUUUUCUUUAAGAGACAAUAAACCUAUUUUAAUCCAUGUAUGUAAAAUGUUUGUUUUCCUUCUGAGGCUUCCCUCAUUUGAAUGAUCCAUUGUACAAUUUUAUCAGAGCAUGGUGAAUGAAUUCAAUGAAAGGAAAGCCUCUAUUUCUGACUUCAUUAAUGGUACAAUAGGUUGUACUCCUUUGGGUGGAGAUAGAGAAAAAUGGAUCCAGGAAGCUGCAACUCUAAUUACCCAGCUUCACCAUUGUGUGACUGACUUCAGUGUUAAAGCAGAGAAAAUGCCUUUGUUUUGUGACUCCUAUUCUGUAAACUUAACAUUCUGCUGAGCUUAUUUGGUUCACCAGAAUAAACUGUGAAACAUUUGCAAUAA